CAGCGUGCGUGGGGCGGUCCUCCAGUCCCGCCUCCCCCCCACAUAGCCUACUUAAUUCCUGUUUCUUGGGAGGGCCCAAAAACGCUCAAGGUGUCUGAAAUGGGUAGUUUUUAAACCUAACACUACCGUUACUAAAGGGAGCCCAGUCCGAAGGUAUGGUUGAAGGUUUGACAGAGAACUUUAAGAAUAUAAUUUUCCAUCUGUUUGUGUGCUUCUGGCCAUCCUAGGUGGAAUCUCGUCAAAAAUGUGCAAACAAGGAAUUCAUAAGUUAUGAGAGAUAAGAAGACACUGUGUCGAGCUAUAUUUUAAAAAUUGUAUGUUGCUCGUGUGUGUGUUUAAUUAGCAUGUUCAUUAAUUAGUUUAAAGUCACUUAGACAAAUUGAUAACUAAUUACUUUGGCUCCACAAUGAUAUUUUUUGUUACCAAUCACGACCUCUUUUAACUAGUUGUUAAUAAUGGAAUUUACAAAGAAAGUACAUUCCUAUUAAUUUCAGUUCUUAAUACGGGACAAGGAUGAAGUUUCUAACCCUGCCAUUCCACAGACGCAUUAUAUCAUCUUGAAGGAGUCACUAAUGUCCCGCUGUGUUUUCUCAUUUAUAAGAUGGAGCUGGACUAAAUAUUUGAACAGUUUCCAACUCUGAAAUAGUGAUACUAUAGGACAUACCAGGGGCAGGUCUUAUCUUGAUACUGUGAAAAUGAGUAAACAGAACCUCAUUAAAAUGGGGUUGGGAGGCCGGAAGGGGGAGCCCCCCAACAGGACGAAAGACUUCCUCUUCUUGACCAAGAACUCAGCCAAAGAAUGAAAAGCCACCCGGCAUCAACUCUCCUGUCCUCCGGUGGACUUUCCUCUUCCCUCCGGAGUUCCUCCUCGCCUCGCGGCCCCACACGUGCAGGUUCCUCACCGUGGUUGCAGAACCCCAGCUGCAAUUCUUUGUUGAUCCCAAAUAAACCCAUUUUUGCUCGAGAAGUAACUGGCUGUCUUUUUGUUUAGGGUCAGCACUGUUACUCACCGUGGCCUGCCGUGUGGACACCUGAGAUGAAACGGUAGAGCGGCUAGCCAGCUGUUCUGCCAGGUUAUAGGCACUGUGGAAGUAGGAGAUCCUGCUAGUGACCUUCCAGCCCUUCUCCAGCCUAGGCUGUUGUGAGAGAUGUUGGAUGGAAGCUUCUCUCAUGCGUCUCUUGAUGCCAGAACGGAAAGCGACCAGGGGAAGGUCGCAGUACAGACUACCCUCUGGCUCCUAAAGGGUCUUAGCAGCUCCUAAGCCCCGAGGUCUCGUUGGUUUGUUCCCACUGUCCUUCCUUUUCUGGUCUACACUCGCUCCUUAGUAAGUUUAUUCUCCUGGACUAGUUUAAUGCAUGGGUUGAUCCUGAGAAAUAUAUUUUUGAUUAAUUCCUUUCUUGUCUUACAAUUAGGCCCUCAAUACUAUUUCCAAGAUUACUUCAAUAACUUACUCUUUCUCCCCAUUCCAGUAUAUUUUGGACUCUUGUCUUCAUAAAAUAUACUCUUGUCUAAAAACUAAAAGGGCCAAUUCCGAAUGCUUCCACCAGCUUCGAAGGGAAGGGGCAAGAAUGGCCAUUUACGGAGUAUCUUGUGUGUGAGCGGAUCCAUCUUAGACACCUCACAAAGGCGGCCUUCUGUAACCCUCCCCACAGCCCCGCAGGGUGUACUGUUACACCUGUUGUAAGGGGACUCAGGCCUGCGAAGCGUCUUGCCCAGCAGCAGGGUGCAAGGCUGGAACCCGGUUGGUCUGCUGCCGUGUUCUCUACCCCGUGCUCUGGGCCGGCGGAGGCGCGCCUGCACGCCAGCCCCUUGCUGCUCCUUUCUCCCCAGAAGAGCGAACGCGCCCGCGGAGCUCCUGACGCCGUGCCGUUGCUCUCCUGGUCCCCGUGAGCGGCUCGCCGCGCCCCUCUACCCGGCGCUCCGGUCCCAGUCGUCUCGUGUCUUUGGGGGGUGUUCACUCGCGACUCGACGCGUGCACUCUGAGAUUUCGUCGUUCUUGCGUGUGUCACGACGUCCAGCAGUGGACUGUUCUCAUUCGCGGUGAUACGUUCCCCCCCGCUGGCCGGUGCGCUGCGUGCGGGCGGGGCUGCUCGGCGGGACUGCUUCCCUUCCAGGCAGCGCGCUGGCCUUGGUGCCGCCGGCCGCCCCCACCCUGCGCUGUCACCGGGGUCCUUCAUCUUCCCAGAGACCUCGUCAGAGUCUUCUGUCCGCUCUGACUCUGACUUUCUGUUGACUCUUUUUACAGGAGAAGAAUUAGAGUGUGGUGUGACGUGAUGACGUAAUUUGACGUAGCCAAGCAAGAACUUUUCCUGAUUCGGCAUGUUAAAAAAUAAGGGUCGUUCCUCUAAACGAGAUACCUUAGCAGUCACUGCCGUUGCUUUACAAGAUCACAUUCUGCAGGAUCUUCAACUGCGAAAUCUCUCAGUAGCAGACCGUUCCAAGACAAAGGUGCAAAAGGAGAACCAAACCAAGUGUGUGAAAGGGAGUGCGAGAGCACUAACAGACACUGGCCUUAAAAGACUGACCCGGGACCCUGCGGCGGAAGAUCCAGAAAGAGAGUAUGUGCUUGAUCCCAAACCGCCACCAUUAACUUUAGCACAGAAGUUGGGCCUGUUUGAACCUCCCCCAUUGCCACUAUCAUCAAAUGAAUGGGAAAAAGUGAAACAAAGAUCCAUCGUGCAAGGGGAUUCCAUGCAGCCGUGCCCGAUAUGCAAAGAAGAAUUCGCGCUUCGCCCCCAGGUGCUGCUUUCAUGUUCCCACGUGUUUCACAGGGCAUGCCUUCAGGCUUUUGAAAAGUUCACAAAUAAAAAAACCUGUCCUCUCUGUAGAAAGAACCAGUAUCAAACCAGGGUGAUUCACGACGGGGCCCGGCUCUUCAAAAUAAAGUGUGCGACCAGGAUCCAAGCCGCCUGGAGGGGACACGUGGUUAGAAAGUGGUACCGAGAGCUGAGGAAGACGGUGCCUCCCACCGAUGCCAAGUUGAGGAGAAGAUUCUUUGAAGAAAAGGCUUUCGAGACGUGACUGAGACGCUGCUGCUGACCCUCUUCAACUGAAACUGCCUUUCCAAUCCACAUGGUAAACUAUUUUCAGAUUCUUUUCUAGUUAAAUCAUAAAAUUCAAAAAAUUGGAAUAAGGUUAAAUUCAAAGCAACUUUUGUUUGGCCAUUUCAUGACAAAUGUUUAAAUAAACUGAUGUUUUCAGAUAAAAGAAUGGAAGCAAGCUUAAGUUUUUCACAUCCCCUGAACUGCACGCAAACAAACAGAAGGAAACUUAGAACAAUAAAGACCCACAUGCUACUGUUUUAUGAAGUGCCUCCUUGGGCCUCAUGGGAUCACCAAAUUUGAGAGUUUUAGAAAUGAAUUCAGUUUCUACCCUUUUAACCAUUUUUUUCUUUUAUUUUUACUUUGUUUUGGCUUAACAAUUUUCCGUUAUUGUACCCCAUGCAAAAGGACCGGCACGGCUGUGGAGGGAGUGGGGAACGGCCCACUCCCAGCCCCUCGGCUGUGGCAUCAGCCGACGCCAGCUGGCUCACCUGCCGCAGGCGGGUGUGGUCCUCACAUUGCUGAGCUGUGCUGGGAGUGAGCACACUGUUUACUAAGGCCCAGUGCCCAGCAGGCACUUGAAAAUGUGUUUACUGUAAAUGCUAAUAUAUGGUUUCAGUUCUUUCCGUCCGUCGUUAGAUGUCGUGAUGCUCCACGUUGUUCCACGGCGCUCUGUGAGAGAGGGCGUUAGCUAAUAUACGGUUUCAGUUCAUCUUUCCGUCCGUCGUUAGAUGUCGUGAUGCUCCACGUUGUUCCACGGCGCUCUGUGAGAGAGGGCGUUAGCUAAUGUACGGUUUCAGUUCUUUGUGUCCGUCGUUAGAUGUCGUGAUGCUCCACGUUGUUCCACGGCGCUCUGUGAGAGAGGGCGUUAGCUAAUGUACGGUUUCAGUUCUUUGUGUCCGUCGUUAGAUGUCGUCAUGCUCCACGUUGUUCCACGGCGCUCUGUGAGAGAGGGCGUUAGCUAAUAUACGGUUUCAGUUCAUCUUUCCGUCCGUCGUUAGAUGUCGUGAUGCUCCACGUUGUUCCACGGCGCUCUGUGAGAGAGGGCGUUAGCUAAUAUACGGUUUCAGUUCUUUGUGUCCGUCGUUAGAUGUCGUGAUGCUCCACGUUGUUCCACGGCGCUCUGUGAGAGAGGGCGUUAGCUAAUAUACGGUUUCAGUUCAUCUUUCCGUCCGUCGUUAGAUGUCGUGAUGCUCCACGUUGUUCCACGGUGCUCUGUGAGAGAGGGCGUUAGCUAAUGUACGGUUUCAGUUCUUUCCGUCCGUCGUUAGAUGUCGUGAUGCUCCACGUUGUUCCACGGCGCUCUGUGAGAGAGGGCGUUAGCUAAUGUACGGUUUCAGUUCUUUCCGUCCGUCGUUAGAUGUCGUGAUGCUCCACGUUGUUCCACGGCGCUCUGUGAGAGAGGGCGUUAGCUAAUGUACGGUUUCAGUUCAUGUUUCCGUCCGUCGUUAGAUGUCGUGAUGCUCCACGUUGUUCCACGGCGCUCUGUGAGAGAUGGCGUUAGCUUCAAGUUGCUCAGACGAAACUCCUCACAGGCGCUUUCUUGAAAUGGUCAUUUGUGGAAGUGCCCCUGACACAUUUCUUUGGAUCUUUUCUAUACAUGUUUUUAGCUCGCACUCCCAUUUGGAACAAUGAGUGAUAGAAAAUGACUCUUUAUUGUUUAAAGGAAUCCCUUUCCUCCCCCAAUGAUGACUUCCUUGAGCACGUAGCGCAUGACGAGCCUCCGUCCUGGGCUGUGGGUGGAGAAGCCGACGUCCACAGCUCGCUCCUGGUCCUCUGACUCCCAGUCUGGCUGAGGUGCUGAUCCCUGUGCACCCUCAUGUGCACCUCAAGCCUCACCGUCCCUCCACGUACCCGGGCUGAGGGGGCUUCUUGAAAGUGUCGCAGACCUGCUUAGGGCAUGCUAAAAGUAAGUGAUUUCAGCUGGACUAUAAAGCAGUGUGAUAGCAGAUUUUUUCCAGUUCCCUUCCUAAUCACUUAGGUGAUGGUUCCAAGCAAUGUAGUUUUCAAUACGUGCAAAAGAAAAUGAGAAUCGUGGCUCACAGCGGUUUCAGCACACCUCAGAUGCGACCAAGAGAACACGCACGAUUGUCCUCAGGAGAAGGUCGCCAGUCAAUGCAAUAUGUGCGCAAAUUACCUCAAAAUACUGUGUGUCUCAAAGACACAGAGGCUCACCCGGUGGUGGAGAGGUCAGCUUCUGCGGCAAGGGCAGUCUCAGCACGCCUAGAGGCACCAGAACCGCUGAGCCCGUCCUGGCCUUGCGAGGG